CGACACUGAAUCUCAGUCAGAUGUAGGGUAGCGGGACAGCCACGCAAUAUUACCUACCAGAAGCAGGGUUAGGUUCACCCCGGUUUACCACCAAGUGGGGAGGACUUUAGCCCUGUGAGGAGGCCUAGUUGGGUGGGUGGCAUGAUGAGUGGGAAGAACCUGCUGCUCAAAGUAAUCCUACUGGGAGAUGGUGGAGUGGGCAAGUCCUCCUUGAUGAACCGCUACGUCACAGACCGGUUUGACUCCCAGUCUUUCCACACCAUCGGCGUGGAGUUCCUUAAUCGGGACUUGGAAGUGGAUGGACGCCUUGUCACUCUUCAGAUAUGGGACACAGCCGGUCAGGAGCGUUUCAAGUCACUACGUACACCUUUCUACCGAGGCGCCGACUGCUGCCUGCUCACAUUUGCCGUGAACAACCUGCAGAGCUUUCAGAACCUGGGCAGCUGGAAGAAGGAGUUCAUGUACUACUCUGACGUCAAAGACCCCGAGCGGUUCCCUUUUGUGGUACUGGGCAACAAGAUAGACAUGGAGCAGAGGGAGGUCGGGGAGGAUGAAGCGCGGGCCUGGUGCGAAGAGAACGGCUGCUGCCCUUACUUUGAGACCAGUGCUAAAGAUGACACUAAUGUCACCGCUGCGUUUGAGGCAGCUGUCAGGGAGGUUCUGGCUGCUGAGGACCAGAUUGAUCACGCGCUCUUGAGUAGUACUAUUGAUCUCCAUGGAAACCGCAAAACCUCCCGAAGAUCUUGCUGCUGAUUGGAUAGGUGUGAAUCCACCCUGUUUUAAUCCCUCUGGCUGAAACUUGCCUGUGGUAGUUUUAAGAGCCAGUCAUAUAUUGUUUAUGGUACGUGUACUGUUGGUACAAGGUACUGAGUGCAGUAUUCCCUGAAGAUAAUAUGAAUAGGAUACACCUUCUCUGAGGAGGCGUAUCAAGGAUUUAGCUGGUUUCUAGAAUGUUGAAUUAUUGCUCCUACAAAGGUACCGGCACACUUACAAGCUGUGCUGCCAGUAGUAUGGUACAAACCAUUGUUUCCAGCUUGUGCAGGGACUAUAGCAUCUAGUGCAUUUAAGGGAUUAACUUUAAUCAAAAUAAUAUAAUUUGGAAUUAAUGCAUUUGAACAACGAAUAUACCAAUCCACCUUUGAAGAGCACUCCUUUUUUGCUCUGUAAAGCUGUGUUUCCACCAUAGGAACUUUCCUAAGGGACUAGGAGCCUUUGAAAGGACUCUGUAUGUUUCCAUCAAAGGGACAAAGGUCUAAAGAUUAAAUUCUCUGGGAAAUGUUUACCUCCAAAAAGCUCCUGUUUGUGCAACAGUGUUUUUCCUUGGUUUAGGAACAGUGGUAAUAAUGUUUGCAGCACUAAACUUGUAGCAUUCAGCCAGUCCAUCUUAGUCAUCUUACUUCAAGUUGUUGCUGUUGCUUAUUUUGCUUACUUUAAGGCUUAUAUCGGAGAUUACUGUUGUUAAGCACAACACUCAGACUUGGUUCGUCUGUCUGGUUUAUCUAAAAAGAAAUAUAUAUAUAUAUGAAGAGAGCAGUUAUAGUUGAGUAAGCUAGAGAGUGCAGUGUUUUGCUCAGAAUCGGAUUGUAAUUGUGAUGGUACCAGGAGUGCGUUUGUAAAUGUGCCCAGAAAUUACGCACACCCACACAUUUUUAAAUGAAAUUAAAUAGCGUCUCAUAUAAUGUGCCCCUCUUACUCUUUUAAUUUCCAAAUAUUUUGGGAGAAAUAAAUAACGGAUAUAUUCAGCUAUCUGUCCACUAGAUGGGAACUACCAGACACCCCACAAUAUAUUAUUAUUACAGUAUUUUACUUCUGAUAAGAUAUUACUGUGAUUUUUAGCGUUUAUCAUUUUUUAACAUUUUAACCAUUUAUUACCUUUUUUAAACUGCAAAUUUCAUCCUCAGAGUAAAACUUUGUAACAGUUCUAUCCAAUAAGAUAACAUUAUCUAACUCCAGUUAUUUUUUUUGAUACAAAAUGAGACCGGCAAGCACACAAACACUAUCACUAAAACCUGCGGUAAAUGUUGCCACAAGACAGGGUCAGUCUAUUAUCAGUCUGCGAUUGAAUGGGGUCAACUUGACAAUUACAUGCAAUCUGUUUCUGAUAAUACAAGAAAUUAACUGUGGUAAAUUGUUGAAAAUCUCAAAUCUCUGUUGCUGUAUAGAUAGAAAGAAAUUCACAUUUUUGCUCAGCAACCUUCCCGUUCUAUAGGAAUGUAACCAGAAUACAUCCAGCUGGCAGCCAGUUGACUCAAGUCCCCUUGUAUUUGCCUGUAUUGAUACAAUAUCACCACACAUAAUGUCACGACACUGUGCUGUAGCGAUUUUUGAUUUCUGAGUCGUUCAUGCUGCAGAAUUGUCCAAAUACAAACGUCCACCUCCUUGAACUAAAUUUGGAGACGAUUGUCUUUGCUCUUCUCAGCUGUAGUGACAUGUGAGCUGCUCGCUACCUGCUGCAGAUGUUUGUUAGUGGUCUUGUGGUUAGUGGUCACAUCUACAGAGCAGAAAAAACAAACCUACAAAAAUGGAGUCCAAGACUGUGGAUUCUAAGUCCAUGAAAUGAGAAAUUCUGGUCAGCCUGCUGAAAGGCAGAAAAUAGGACUGGAAGGGCCGGGGCUAGCUGGUUAACGCCAACUAAUAUUUCAAAAUAAGAGCGAGGGGACUGUCAACUAGUAAACUGAUCAAGAAUGGCUUAAUUAAAAAAUAGAUGGGAAAAAAAAAAUCUAAAAUGACUUGCAAAAUCUGCCCUGACAGCUGUUAAUAUAGCUGACAUCCUGCCCAAAUAAGUUCUGUGUUUGGGGUAAAUAAAGUAACUAGAGUAAAUAAACAGAAGAAGCAGUGUUGGUGAAGUUUUUCUGAUUAGAAAUGCUCUCACCCCUAAACCACCCCGAGGGAAGAGGCCUAUGCCAGACUUUGUCCAGGCUUCAUCUCGUUGACUGUGACCGCUCCGUUUUCUCUCUGUGUGUGUGUGUGUGUGUGUGUGUGUGUGUGUGCGCGCGCGCGCAAAGACCUACAUAACUGAGAUGGACAGAGGCAGUCGAUGUAACAUGGUUACUAUAUAUUUCAAUAGUCUGACAUGUUAAAAAAAACAAACAACAAAAAAACAGUCAGCACUUUUUAAUAUGUCCAGCUUCUCUAUGGAUCUUUCACUGCAGAGGAAAUGGAGACUAAUGAUAGUCUAUAGGAAGCUUUUUGUUAUAAGAGAGGCUCAGGUGGAAAUGCAGCUUAACACACAGUAGCUCUAGUCACUGCUCCAUUUUCUGUUCAUGAAAAAGUCUCAUUUUAUGAGAUGUGUCGGCAGUUGUUGGAGAGCUAAUGUAUUUUCCUGACACUGACUGUGUCUGUGAAUGACAGUGUUCCCAGUACAGGCAAAUAUUGAGCUUCAGAAGUCCCCACAUCAGUGAGAUAACAGCAUUGAAGGUACGGGUUAUUUAAACGAUUGCUGCACUCAAAAGGAAGAUGACCUUGUUUGUCUUCAGUAGCAAGGGAAUUGUAAGCUUUAAUUUUGCUGUUUCAAAUUUGAGCAACGGUGCGAACAAUUGUGGUACCCUUAUUCUGUUAAUUAUAUUUUUCUUCCACUGCAUUGUAGCUGGAUGUGUCAGGGAAUCAGACAUUAUUAUUUUUACUUCUUGUAAUUUAUGUACAUGUUUACUAAGGUCAGGUUUUUUUUUUGGUCCAGAAUCAGAAGUAGUACUACUGGUGAUAGUGUUUAUUUUUUGUGUGAAGCACAUUCCCAUCCUUCAAAGUGUUAUAUUUUUUUUGUAGUUUUACAUUUUUAUCUAACACAAUUGGGCUUCAAUGUUUGAUCAGGUACAGAUAAAAGUCCUGAUGAGUAGAGAGGUUUAUAAAUAUUAAUGGCACAUUUGUAAUCCUGUGCCUGCCUUGUGAAUUGUUCAGUAGGCCUUAAGAUUCCAGUCUUGUAGCUUUGGCUAUUCUGAUGGGCUCCUGUACUUCACCAAUAUACAACAUACGCUUUUGACUUUUGCUGUCAGUUCAGUUAUUAUACGUCUCAGCUGAAUGUGGUAGUUUGACCACAUGAAUUGUGUCCUUCCAUAUCCAUUUAAACAGUAUUUAGUGAAAUGUACAACCUCAUAUUCUGAUACUUAGUGAUAUUUACUUGUUUUCAGCUGGGGUUUUUUUUUGUACUUUCUACAGAUACUGUUGACUUUUUCUUCCCCAUGGUUUUACUGCUGUCUGCCUGAGGGGUUUGCUUUUAAAAAAACUUGUUUUAAAACAAUAAUAUAGCUUAAAUUCAUUUUGAAGAAUGUAAUUUAACAUUUAAAUGUAUUGUUAUUCUUUUGAUCUUGAAACUGCAUCUUCUCAAGCAAGAAAAUCAGUUGCACGAAUCGGAUAAAAUAUUUCUCUUUUUAUGAGAUGCAUAAAGUUCUCAUUAUGGCCCCCGUGUUCUCGUAACGGUUUCUGUAACGUUGGCGGUCUUGUGUCGUCCGUCAGCGUGGGCUCACAGUGUUUGCCUUCCGAGUCAAAAUUGAAUCAUAUUUCAGUGAGCGUGCAGACUAAUGGCGAACAUUAUAAGAGGUUCACUUUCAAAGUGCACCAAAUCUAAUCAGGUACUGUCGUAUUCUCCUAUUAUGUGCUUUUUUGGAAAUGUAGGCUUACAACAGCUCAUGCAUUUGAUUGUGUGUUUGAGUACUGGUAUUUUUAGUUUUUUUAAAU